GGUCUUCCCGGAUGUCCCGUUUGUCGUCAUGGCUACCUUGACUCGGACGCAGGGAGGACCAUCCCCCAUCUGGCGGCUCCUUUCAGCGACACAUACACCGGCGAUACAACGGAGGCAGUCCCUGGCGAUGAAGACAAUGAUUACAGUGUAAAAAUACUCAAAGAAGCUGGAUUAAAAAUUCGUUUAGUGCAUGAGGAGUGUUACUCUGCCGCAGACCGCCACAGCCUGAAGCCAUCCUGCCAAAUCUGGGACCAUGUCUGGAGCCUACGACGAGUCCGCCAUGCAGGAGGAGACCACAGACAGUUUCUGGGAGGUCGGGAACUACAAGCGCACAGUAAAGCGGAUUGAUGAUGGUCACCGGCUCUGCAGUGACCUGAUGAACUGCAUCCAGGAGCGUGCCAAAAUUGAGAAAGCCUACGCGCAGCAACUGACCGAGUGGUCCAAGAGAUGGAGACAGCUGGUUGACAGAGGGCCUCAGUACGGCACAGUAGAGCGGGCUUGGAUGGGGAUGAUGACAGAGGCGGAGAAGGUGAGCGAGCUUCACCAGGAUGUGAAGAACAACCUGAUGAACGAGGACUUUGAGAAGGUGAAGAACUGGCAGAAAGACUUGUACCACAAACAGAUGAUGGGAGGAUUCAAGGAAACCAAAGAGGCAGAGGAGGGCUUCAAGAAGGCCCAGAAACCCUGGGCCAAAAAGCUAAAGGAGCUCGAGGCUGCUAAGAAGUCCUAUCACAUGGCCUGCAAAGAGGAGAAGCUGGCUUCCAUCCGGGAGGCCAACAGCAAGGGAGAGGCCUCUGUGACUGCCGACCAACAGAAGAAACUCCAUGAGAAGGUGGACAAGUGCAAACAGGACUCCCAGAAGGCCAAGGAGAAGUAUGAGAAGGCCCUGGACGAGCUGAGUAAGUGCACUCCAAAUUACAUGGAAAACAUGGAGCAGGUGUUCGAUCAGUGCCAGCAGUUUGAAGAGAAGAGGCUGAGCUUCCUCAGGGAGGUGCUGCUGGACGUCAAACGCCACCUCAACCUCACAGAAGACCAAAGUUAUGCUACAGUGUACAGAGAACUUGAACGCACCAUCACAUCAGCCAGCGCACAAGAAGAUCUGAAGUGGUUCAGCAGCACUCACGGCCCUGGCAUGCAUAUGAACUGGCCACAGUUCGAGGAAUACAACCAUGACCUGAGUCAUAACAUCUCCAAGAAAGAAAAGUCAAAGAAAAGCAGUGAUGGAGUCAUGCUGACCAACGUCUCAUCAGCAGUAGAUCACGCUCAAACUGGAGACCGGGGAAGUGUCAGCAGCUACGAGAAGAACCAGGCGUUCACGGCCUCCACAGAGUGGUCGGACGAGGACCAGACAGCCCCGAACUCAGGCAACGACACCAACGGAGGAUCGAACCCCUUCGACGAAGAUGUGGUCAAAGGUGUGAGAGUGAGAGCGCUGUACGACUACGACGGCCAGGAGCAGGACGAGCUCAGCUUCAAAGCAGGGGACGAGCUGAUGAAGCUGGAGGAGGAGGACGAACAGGGCUGGUGUAAAGGUCGCCUAGACAACGGCCGGCUGGGUCUUUACCCGGCCAAUUACGUGGAGCCGAUCUAACCGUUCCGGCUGAGGACGCUUGUGUCACCUGAGGGCAAACCCAGACUGAACCGUCCGGUCAUAACUGCACAUUGCCAGAGACUUGAAAGCAAAGCUUCCUCUUGCUGUCAGGCACAGUGUCUUCAUCUCAGCGCUCAUCACAGAGAGGACUGUUCAGGAUCACAUCAUCAUCUCCAAAUACUGCAACUGAAGCAACAUAUUCUAGCCUCUUUUGUGUGUAGCCGUGUUUGAUUUCCGAUGUGAUGCUAACACGCCAUACAGUAUUUUACUCUCAUCAUCAUAAUAUUGAUAUGGUUUCAUCAUUUGUGCCUGUAUAGUGAGAAUGAGCUAUGCAUUGUGCAUUUCAUGUAUAUAUUUUAAUCUUUUUUUUUUCUUUUUUUUUACAGUCUGGAUGCUUGUACAGUUGUGUUCUCAUUGGAUACAGUAUUUUCUUUUCUUUGUGAAAUAUUUACAUGUUUAGCAUUUGAGGAAAAGUUCAACAUUUUGGGAAAUACGCUUCGAUUUCAUCGUGAGUGCGAAAAGAGGAUUGAUAGCAUUCUCUUCUUUGUCCAGUAAAUAUGAAGCUACAGUCAACAGCUGGUUAGCUUAGCAUAGCCUUAAUACUGUAAACAGGGAGUGACAGCUAGCCUGGCUCCAUCUGAAGGUAACACAAUCAACCCCACCAACAUCUCUAAAGCCCCCAGAAAAGUUUAUAGUUAUAUCUCUUUUGUUUAAUCCAAAGAGAAAGAUGCUACGCGAACUAGCUGCUAGCUCUAGCUUCAUAUCAGGUGUGUUGAGAUGAGCGGUAUCAACCUCCUCCUGUUAACUCUUCUUGUCUCAGCAUGUUUCCCACCAUGUCAGUCUGUUCCUUUACAGGUAAAUUUGUAAAAUGACCUCUCCUUCAUGCUGAUGAACAUUUUUUGAGCUUCACAGCAACACAACGUUGAGUCAUUCUCCUAAACAACAGUAGUAGAUGAGGACUUCUACUUCUUUAGUUUUUUCCCCCAAGAAGAUCAUCAAGCUUUGAAGGAAAAACAACCUUGUCCCAGAGAGAUGGGGAUAGUUUCAUAUACAGAAAGUCAAGGUUUUUUGGCACUGUAUUCAGAUCUUAUUUUAAGCGCUAGUUCUUUUAGCUUAGCAGCUACACUGAAGAUUUUGCUUUGAAAGGGGUGUAAAUGACAUCUUUUAAAAUCAAAAUUUGAUCUAGGGGUUUUUGGAAACUUGGAUUACAGCAGACGAGCUGUAAGGAGCCAUUUUAUGUCUUUUUUGGGUUGUAUAAAGUCUCCAUCUACUUCUGCUUUUUAGGAGAAUGCUGCAACACUGUUGCUGUGAAGCUCCAGAAAUGUUUUGCUGGAUGCAAAAAUUCACCUGAUUUUUCCAUCAACAUGGAUGGAAAGUCGGGCGAUGAUGGAUUUUCAUUUCUGGGUGAACUGUUCCUUUAAUGCUUUUAGUUGUUUUCCUGCCACUGCACAACAUGUCACAGAAUGAGCAUUUUCUGGAGGCAGAUGAAAGUCGCCCAGCAGAGUUUCUCUUUGAACUGGAAAGAAAGGAUUGUUUACAUUAACCUCCGCUGUCCCGCCCAACACGGUGCCUGUUAGAACUUCUACCUGUCGUUUAGUUUCCCCCUCCUGUGUCUGUGUCUCUUCACUGUGUUAAUAAUGCAGGAGCCAAGAGCUGAACCUGCUGCGAAAAAAUACAAACUCAGAGCUGUUUUGUAUGGAGAUUAGAUUCAUUUCACGUCCAGGGUUUUAUUUUUUAUUUAUUUUUUAUUUUUUAAUCUCUGCAUUCAGUGGGACUUGUUUACCCUGAGCGACUGUCAUUGACUUCGGCAUCAUCAUCUUCCAGCUCUUAUCUCUGUGAUUAUGUGCAUGCUGAUGCUCCCACACACUGUUUAUCGCUCUGAUCUGAACCGAUCCAGUGCAUGUCCUCGAUUGAGUUCCCACCAAAUUAUUGACAGUUUCUUGAUCGAAUUUAAAAAAACUCUAAUCGGGAUGAUUUGCGUUGCGUGACACGGUCCUGAUGGGCACCGAGACACGUGCUGUAUUAGAUAUCGGCUGUACACGUCUUUAUAGUUAAAUAUGUUUGUUUUAAUCAGAAACCUGAAUCAGACAAAGAGUAUGAGUGCAUGUGGCGGAACAGUACGUGUUAUACGAGACAGAUUUGUUACCCCUGGUUACCGCAGGUGUCGGUGAAAACUACACCCUCGUCGAUGAGGGAGGCGGGUGUUCUCUUACUGACGCAGACAGAGAAAGCUGCGACGAGCUCUGCACAAGAAAGCAGAAAGAGGAUCCGUCUCUGAAAUAUUGAUGAGGCAACUGGCUUCUCUGCUGCAGGAGAGGAGACCAUUUAAAUUUUUAAAAAAAGAAACGAAAAGAAAAGAAAAGAAAAGAAGGUCCUGAAGGGAAUCGUCUCUCGUGCCGUGUUUAUGCUUGUGUAUACUUUUUUUUUUUUUUUUUUUUAAAGUGUUGCUCCUUGUUAGCAGUGGACUCAGACGGGUGAAAUCAAUAUUGCCUUACUAUAAAUCCCUCCACCUCUGCCACUCCAAAGACUCUCGACCGCCACGUCCAACAGAGUGAAAGAGAGCACGCUUCUGCAGAAUCUGACUCCGGCUUAUCCAGCUCGGUUUCCACCGACAGGACACGCAGGGCCGUCUUUGUCUGAGGACGAUAUGAAUUUAAAAAGCCUCCAGCCUCUUGACGGGACUUUUAACUGUAUUUAAGGACACAGAAUGGGACUGUUAACAAGUGUACUGUUAAAGUGUGUUAAAAAAAAAAAAAAAAAAAAGCUACGCCUGCAGCGUCCACUGUGAAACUCCUGUGAUACACUGACGGACGGUGAAAUCAUGUUUUAAAAAAAAAAGAAAGAAAAUACUCAGAUGCUCCUUUUUCUUUUUUUCUGUCUGCUGGAAACAUUGACCUGCAAUGUUGAGGGGUAAAAAAACAACUUUUAGGGGAACUUUAGAGGGCUUUCUCUUUUUCUUUAGCAUAGUGCUGUACUUUCCAAACUGUAGUGCCUGUUCAUCUGCAUACGCAACACAAAUAAAAAGAUGUCAUCAGAAGGCUGA